GCCAUUUUGAUUCUUAUAGUCUUUAAUGAUCGAUUUGCCCUUAAUGAUAACAUAGAAAUCUUCCGUCACCAUGGAGCGCCAAUACGAGAUGAAAACCAUGCCCAAUGACCCUGAAGCGUCGCAGCAGUCCGACAUCGAAGUGUCAAAUGCGUCAUUGCCGAGUACUAGAAUUGAGCUGGAGACGAGCGAUACGCUGAGACAGACAGUAUCGCUCGUCCAGAGUCAUGAUGGUAAAACUAGGAGUAAAUGGCGUCUAAUUGCUAUUGUCACUGCACUCUUUCUCGCACUGUUUGUCGCUGCAUUGGACGCAACCAUCAUUGCCACGGCUGCUCCAACGAUCUCCAGUGACCUCAACUCCGCAGCAGGUUACACCUGGAUUGGCGCAUCGUAUCUAUUGGCGACCGCUGCUUCAGGCCCAAUAUGGGCGAAGCUUUCCGACAUCUGGGGGCGCAAGUUGAUUGUCCUGGCCUCUCUUGCGGUCUUCUUCGCUUCCUCUGCUGUAUGCGCAACGGCUAAGACUAUGGAAGCGCUGAUUGUGGGGCGCGCGUUUCAGGGUGCUGCAGGAGGAGGAAUUAUCCUGCUUGUGCAUGUGUGCAUCAGUGAUCUCUUCAGUCUAAGGCAACGCAGCCUUCUUAUGGGCAUGACUGAAGGUAUUUGGGCUCUGGCUGGAGGAGUCGGACCCAUCAUGGGAGGUGUUUUCGCGUCUUUGGUAUCGUGGAGGUGGUGUUUCUAUAUCAACCUUCCCAUCGCAGGCGUGGCCGCUUUGAUCAUUAUGCUCUUCCUCGACAUCCAGCAUGAACACACCGGCUUCAUUGAGGGCGUCAAGGCCUUGGAUUGGCUUGGCAUGUUCACCUUCCUAGGCUUCACACUCCUUGUUCUUCUUGGACUCGACUUUGGUGGAGCUAUCUUCCCAUGGGACUCUGCCAAAGUCAUCGCCUUGCUUGUCGUAGGCGGUGUUAUGAUUUUCGGAUUCAUCUACAGCGAAGCAAAGGUUGCGAAGUACCCCUUAAUUCCGAUGGAGCUUUUCAAGCGUAAGACGAACGUUGCAGCUCUUCUCGUGACAUUCUUCCACGGCUUUGUCUUCAUCUCGGCGGAGUACUACAUGCCCUUGUACCUCCAAUCCGUCCUGGAAGCAACAGCCCUCAAGUCUGGAAUUCUACUCUUCCCCUUCAUCGUCACAGGAGCCACCGCAGGCUUCAUCGCCGGCAUAGUCAUCCACCGCACCGGACGCUUCCGCGAAUGGAUGUGGGCAGGAACAAUCCUAAUGUGCAUCGGCUUCGGCCUCUUCAUCCACUUCAACGCCAACACGACCACCGGGCAAGCCGUCGGCUUCCAAAUGAUCGGCGGCCUCGGUUCCGGCAUCCUCUUCGCCCCGCCCCUAAUCGCCAUCCAAAGCCAGGUAGCCCAAGACGACGUCGCGACCGCCACCUCGACGCUCAGCUUCGUCCGCAACAUGGCCGUCACCCUCUCCGUCGUCAUCGGCGGCACCAUCUUCCAAAACUCCAUGGACGGCCGCGCCUCCUUCCUGCGCGACGCGGGGCUCCCGGAAGAUAUCCUCGACAAGCUCGCAGGCGACAAGGCAAUGGCGAACGUCAUGAUCGCGAAGAGCGUCGACAACCCGGCCUGGGAGCUCGCGAUCAAGCAGGCGUUCAGCUACGCGACGAGGAACAUGUGGAUCACGUACACUGCUUUCGCUUUCCUAGGCGUCGUCUCGAGCUUCUUCAUCGAUGCCGCGCAUCUGGGGACCGAGCACGUGGAGACUGUCACCGGUCUGAAAAAGGAGAAGAAGACGGAGCCGGUGCAGGCGGCCGGAGUGUAGAUUUUCUUUAAACAAAAAGCGAAAAAGGCGUUUUGUGAUGCGGUAUAAUUCUUGUACAUAUGUAUCUUUACCUAUAUAGAAGGCAAGACAGCCACACGCAAACGCAAAAUAACGAUUCAAC